AUGCUGAUGGGGGACGAAAAAGAGACCUGGAAAGUUAAAACUCUUGAUGAAAUACUACUGGAGAAAAAGCGCAGGAAGGAAUUAGAAGAGCGAACAGAUACCAAGCAUCCCAAAAAUAGUUCCCAGAGCAUUGUUCCACAGGCGGAUGGUCGCGAAGCCAAACGAGAGACCCCGGAGGAAGGAGAGUUGCGGGAUCAAAAGAUGGAAAUAACAAUUCGCAAUUCCCCUUACACUCGUCAAGAUUCCACAGAGGACAGAGGAGAGGAGGACGAUUCGCUCGCUAUUAAGCCUCCGCAGCAGGUUGCAAGGAAAGAAAAAUCUCAUCACAGAAAGGAGGAGAAAAGAAAAGACAAGCGACGCCGUCGUAGCCAUUCUUCUGAAGGAGCAGGGAAGCACGCCCGGGCAAAAGACAAAGAGAGGGAGCGUGAUCGUAGGAAGCGUCAGUGGGAAGAAGAUAAAGCCCGGCAAGACUGGGAGAGGCAAAAACGAAGGGAGCAGGCCAGAGCGCAUUCACGCAGAGAGAGACCUCGACUGGAUUCUCCUGGGUUUUUUUUGGACCACAGGGACCGUCUGGAACAACAGGAGCGGCAGAGGGAACGUGAUAGGAAACUGCGCGAACAGCAGAAAGAGCAAAGAGAGCUGAAGGACAGAGAGCGGAGGGCUGAAGAGCGACGCAAAGAAAGAGAGAGUCGACGAGAUGUGCCUUCACACCACAGAAUGCUACCAGAUGACUAUGGUGAGAAAUCAAAAUCAAGUCACCGCAGCCGCAGUCCUGUCCAUGUUCCUCGGGAGAGAACAGAACCCGGUGAACUCCGGAAAAAUACUUCAAAAGAGGAGAGGCCGGAGGUCCAAGACCUACUCGCGGACCUCCAAGACAUUAGUGACAGUGAAAGGAAAAGCAGCUCUGCUGAGACUUCACCUGCAUCAAGAUCUGCCUCUGAAGAGGAAGAGGAGGAAGAAGGGGAAUCCAGCAGCAAGACUGAUGGUGAAGAAGGAGAAGAGGAAGAAGAAGAAGAAGAAGAGGAGGGAGAGUCUGUCUCAGUCUCUGGCUCAGAGAGGUCUGAGCAGAGUGCAGAGGAAAUGAGUGAGGAGGAACAGUCAGAGGAGGACUUUGAAGAGGAGCAGGAAAAUGGAAAUCACAUACCUGCAGUACCUGAAUCCCGUUUCGACCACGACACAGAAGAAAGUGGUGAGGAGAUGGAGGACGAAGAAGAUGAAGAAGACGCAGGUGAUGGUGACCCUACACCUCAGUCGCAGACUCAUUCACGGUCCCCCACACCAGAAGGAAACUAUGUCCCUGACUCUCCCCCAAUUUCACCUGUGGAGCUGAAGAAGGAGCUCCCCAAAUAUUUGCCUGCUUUACAGGGUUGUCGCAGUGUGGAGGAAUUUCAAUGUCUGAACCGAAUUGAGGAGGGAACGUAUGGUGUGGUGUACAGAGCCAAGGACAAGAAGACCGAUGAAAUUGUAGCUUUGAAAAGGCUUAAGAUGGAGAAGGAAAAGGAAGGCUUUCCUAUUACAUCUUUGAGAGAAAUCAAUACUAUAUUGAAAGCUCAACACCCCAACAUUGUCACAGUGAGGGAAAUAGUUGUUGGAAGCAACAUGGACAAGAUUUACAUUGUGAUGAACUACGUUGAACAUGACUUGAAGAGUCUGAUGGAAACCAUGAAGCAGCCUUUCCUGCCAGGAGAAGUCAAAACUCUGAUGAUUCAGCUGCUUCGAGGAGUCCGGCAUCUUCACGAUAACUGGAUUCUCCACCGGGACCUGAAAACGUCCAACCUGCUGCUCAGCCACAAGGGAAUUCUUAAGGUUGGUGACUUUGGUUUAGCCCGUGAAUACGGAUCCCCCUUGAAGCCCUACACUCCUGUAGUGGUAACCUUGUGGUACAGAUCACCAGAACUACUGCUUGGAGCGAAGGAGUACUCCACAGCUGUCGACAUGUGGUCUGUGGGCUGCAUAUUUGGCGAGCUCCUCACCCAGAAACCUCUUUUUCCUGGAAAAUCGGAAAUUGACCAAAUUAAUAAAAUAUUCAAGGAUCUGGGGACACCCAGCGAGAAAAUCUGGCCAGGCUACAACGAGCUACCCGCUGUAAAGAAGAUGUCUUUUACAGAGUAUCACUACAAUAACCUGCGAAAGCGUUUUGGUGCACUACUCUCAGACCAGGGCUUCGACUUAAUGAACAAAUUCCUCACCUACUGUCCCAGUAAGAGGAUAGUCUCUGACGAGGCGCUUAAACACGAGUACUUCCGCGAGACGCCGCUGCCCAUCGAACCGUCCAUGUUCCCCACAUGGCCUUCAAAGAGCGAGCAGCAGAGGGUAAAGCGGGGCACCAGCCCUCGGCCACCCGAGGGAGGCCUGGGCUACAGUCAACUGGGGGAUGAUGACCUAAAAGACACCGGCUUUCACCUGACCACAAGUAAUCAGGGAGCAUCUGCAGUCGGCCCCGGAUUCAGCCUCAAAUUCUGA